CAUUUAUUGAUUUACAAGUAUAUUAUUGAUUACUAUCAAAACCGAAAAGUUACUAAUAUAUUUGCAAAAAUAAUUUUGCUAUUUAAAAGAUGUCCAUUACUCCCAUUAGUUUCAGAUAGAUGUAAAUAGAAGUUAAUUUUUUUGUACUAUGGAAGCAACACUGACCUUUUCUGUUUGCUAUAGAACACCAGAAGGUUUUCUUACGGAACAAUUUGAACAGUUAGAGUAUGACACUGUAGUACUUUUUAUUUUUACAGAAAAUCUAAAAAUUAGUAUCCACCAAAUUUUUGGCAUUCCACCGCAUAGACAAAUAAUUGAUGGAUGGAGAACUGAACCCGAAAACGAUCAGUCUUUACUCCAAAUAUGUACAGAUUUAGGACGUACAAAUUACUUGUUUUUAAGAUGUAGACAGGAGGAAUCAAUUCCAACUGACAGCUCUUUCAAUGCUCAGGAAAAUGAAAGAGAUUGUAUGGAAAUCAGAGCAGUAAAAAGUUGUAUAAGAAAAAUUAGUACCCACAUAACUGCGUCAAGCGUAAGGUUUAAUAUGGGAAAACUAUCCAAUAUUAAAGAUACUGUACUUCUUGCUCCUCCUCUAAAUCGAAAGUUUGUAGUGUUAUAUAUGCACAAUUCGAGGGAGGAAUUUUCAACUACAUUUUUGACAAGAUAUUUGCGAGACGAAGAAAUUUCAAAAAUUUUAAAUGACUACUUUUGUAUUAUUGGAUGGGAUGUAGAAAACAGAGCUUAUCACUCGGCGCUUUGUAAAGCUGUAGAAGAUGCUAACUUCGGUAAUCUAUCUGCAUUGAUUCAGUCUGAAGCAUGCGCAGCAGUUAUUAUUCAAAAUAUAAAUGGCUUCCCCAAUAUUCUUUCAUUUUUAAUUGGAGACGAAGUAGAUUCGAGCCGUGAUUCAUUUUUAUUAUGUCUACAAAAUUGUCGCGACUAUUUAAUUGUCGAUCGCAUGUUAGCAAAUGGAUUAGACGGUUCUUCACAGAGCAACGAAAUGACUUCGGAAGCUUUUCAAAAAAUUAUGGCAGACAGACUUGGCGAUAGAGACUACGAUAGUUUCGCUUUUGACGAACAUGAUCUCUUGAAGAAGAAAAUUGGUUUUGCAAUAUUUGGUCCUCCUGGUCAAGAAACAGGAAAUGGAUAUGACAAAGCUCAAAAUUCGCAGAUCGAACAUUUGUUCAACUCUAUUUUAAAACACAAUAAUUUAUACGCCGAGUACCAAGAUCAGGUUGAACUAGCUUUUAUUUAUGUCGUCUUAGAGCCAACAGAAAAACAAGCAACUGAUCGUAUGAAACAAAACCCAAAUUAUAAUCCACGUAUUGAUAUAUCUCCUAUUCCCAUAUUUGUUUUAAGAAAGUGUCGACAAGAAGAAGGUGAAGCUUGCAGAAUUUUUAUAGACCACAAUGGACGAGUGUAUUCAAAUUGGCAAGAUUAUUUAAAAAAUAACAAGUUAUCUGAAAGUAUAAUGGUGUUACCAUUAAAUGGAAGAUACGAAGUAGAGGAUGGCACAGUAUUACUAGAAAAACAUGAAACUCCUAGCUGUGGAGUAUUAAAUACGGUGCUAAGAGUUGGUGAUAUAAGUAGUAUGGUUGCUGGGCUUGGAUCUGGUUUUUUUAUGCUUGCUGGUGCUGCAGCUAGUGCUAUUGUACCUCCCGUUGUGAUUGGUGCAGGAAUUACAGCUGGUGUUUAUAGUGUUACUAGAAGUGCUUUUGGUUUGGCCGAUAAAUAUACCCACGAUGAGAAUUUAAGUAUUUUCAACUCAGAAGCACGAGGAAUCUAUAUUAACAUUCUGGCUGGAUCUUUGGGAUUUGUUGGAGCCGGAGCAAAUAUGGCUGUCUCUCAAUUAAUUUCACGUGGAGUCAAUAUUGGUCAGGGUGUUGGAUUAGCAGUUAAUGCGCUUAGUGUGGCAAAUAUAGGAAUCAGUGGUAUUGGUAUAAUAAACUCCAGCUACGAUGUCUUUGAUAUGUGGAUAAAUCAUAAGCAGGCUCCUUCUGCAUUGACGAUAUUACAGUUAGCCUCUUCAGUAUUAUUCUUUGGCAAUGCAGUAUACAACUUCAGAACUGUUGGACAAAUGAUAGACGAAACACAGGGUAGAGUUUUAGAAGAUUAUUAUGACUCCUUGAGAUCUAACAGACACAGGAAAACCUUUGACAAACUUAUGAAAGAAACAAUCAGGCAAAACGACGGUAAUCAAGUACAAGGAAGGGCCGAAGUUAUCAAGACGAUACGAAAUAUUGGAAAUAAAGACGAUGUAUUUGCAGCUCUGACAAGAAAUAAUAAGUUGAUGAAUAGAAACGGUAUUCGUUUCUCCGCAAAUGGAGGAGAAAUAACACUAAAUGGUCAACCUAUCAACAUGAACGAAUUUAUAGGAAUGAACAGGGAACACGCAAGUGCCUUUUUGUCCAAUUUGCCUAGAGAAUCGCACAUAACAAUGAGCGAUACUAAUUCUAUGAUUGAUAAUUUCUCUUUGAACAAUUGGUCUAUACCUAAUGUUCAAGUAUUCGCUGGAUUUGCCUUAACCUUAAUUAGCAAAUUCUCAAAUGAUAUCCAAGGUAUGAUAAUGGAAUUAGUACAAAAGGCCAUAGACCUUCUCUUCAGAUAUUUUAGAGAUGUAAUUAACGAAACAUUUGGUAGCUCUGCACAUCAAGAAAUAAUGAUCGCUGUAAUGGAAUAUUUCGCAGGACAAGCAUCAACCCUUCUUCAGAGAUACUCCACAUGGCGCAGUACUGGUAAUCCUAUUCACUACGAGUCUUACUUCGUAGAAGUACCUGUAGAACCAUCUGAAAGAUAUACAUGGAUUUUUAGCCGAAUAGUUAAAAUUUGUCAUGAAGCUGGUGAAUCUGUUAAUAAUAUCAAGGAAUAUUUAGAAGCGUGGCUACUAAAUACAAUAUAUACCAGACAGCUCAGAGAUGAAGCUAUUGCAAGAAGGGACCAGCAUUCGUCCAGAAACACUAAUAGUGUUUGUUGCACUAUUUGUAGAGGACGUUAUUUUACACAAUCAUAACAAACAUUAUUAACAUGUAUUUCAUAUAUUUUAUUAAACUUAUAUACAAGUGGAAAGACCA